AAAUUACGAAUCUGCUGUUUCCAUCAGUUGAGAAGCAAAUAGCGCCUAAGAAUGAAGAAAGUUCUUUGUUUUGGUUUAUACAUUAUUUUGUUCAUAGCAUAUUGCAAUUCCACUCAAGAUUCUUGUAGUGGAUUUGGAUACGAGUUACUUACAGCCCGUUUGGAUGCCCUCGAAAGUGUUACUUUAAAGUCUCAGCUCAAAUCAGCAGGAGAUGUUCAAAAUCUACGGCACGACGUGCAAGAAUUGACUAGAAACGUCCAAUCAAUGAUGUGGAGGAACUCGGUUGAACAUGGCUCUGAAAGUGACGGUACAAUUCCAUUGCUUAAAAUAAGCAUCUAUUCAAAUAUACAAUUUUGGGAUGUUAUUAUAUUAGGUCUACCACGAUCGUGUAGUGAGGUUCGUUCCAAGAAAUCCGGCAUAUAUCGAUUAGACAUUUCCCGUGGUGUGAAAGAUCCAAUUGCAGUAUUCUGUGAUCAAGACUACGAAGGAGGUGGAUGGCUGGUGUUUCAGAAUCGCUUCAAUGGAGCAGUUGACUUUUAUCGACCAUGGGUUGAGUAUAAGAAUGGGUUUGGAUCGUUGGAUGGAGAGUUCUGGCUUGGGCUUGAGAAAAUCCAUGAGAUUACAUACUCAGGUUCAUACGAACUAGUAAUACAAAUGGAAGGCUUCGACGGAGAGAAAGCAGUUGCACGUUACUCUGAGUUUGCGCUUGACAGUGAACCGGAGUUCUACAACCUGAUCAAACUCGGAUCAUACAAUGGAACUGCCAACGAUGCGCUGAGUUAUCAUUCAGGAGUUAAAUUUUCAACUUUUGAUCGGGAUAACGAUGAACACGAAACGAAUUGUGCAUCAACGUACAUCGGGGCAUGGUGGUAUAAAGCCUGUCACUACAGUAAUUUGAAUUCACGAUAUGGACCGAAUGGUCUUCCGAAUCGUAUCGUAGUGUGGCGUAAAUGGAAAGGGGAUUCAUAUGCAUUGAAGAAGACAAGAAUGAUGAUGAAACUGAAAACAUAAACUAGAUUAUGGAUACAUUCGUAAUAAUUUUAAGAAAUAGAUAUACGUCAUUCCAUAUGAAGUAAGCGAGAAAAAAUGCAAACUUGUAAUCCACUUUCUUAGAAUUAAACAAAAUUUUGACCAGUUGUUUAUGUUUGGGUUAUACCCUCAUUGUAAAUUUUUACAUUGGAUUUUUACGCUUAAAAACCCAAAGUACUCUGUCCUGAUCUUGAGAUACAGGGGUUUAAAAAUAAAAAGUACUUUUUUCACUACGAACAACAUAGAUUUAUUUACUAAUUUUUGAAUAUACACACAUAUAUAAAAACAGUCGGAGGACCGGGUGUGAGUAAACAAAACAAUUUAUUUACUCAUUACUUAAAUUAAGAUACAAUUAAUUCACGAACUAAGUCACUGAUUAACUAUCUAGAAUGGGAACUGAACACUCACUCUGAACUCGAUUGAUUGGGCCCUACUUAGAGCACCUUCACGGGAUUCCUCAUCGCUAUUCUUAUAAUAGCGCUCCUUCCCGAGUGCUAUUUUAGGAUAACGCCCCAUCUUCCCACCGGUGGUUUCUAUUUUAGGUAUAGCGACUAUAUAAACACAUUGAGUUCUCACCGGGCGUUGCU